AUGAGGUAUUAUGAUUACUUAUAUCAUUUACAUUAUUCGGACUGUCAUCAUCUUCAUUGUCAUAUUCACAACGUUUCGGCCGUUGUACGCCCCGGCCUUCUUCAGGCAACCUUCUUCUAUUUUUCCUUUAACUCCUUCUCAAUCCGAUUCAUCUUCUUCAUAGCGAUUCUUUUUCUUCAUUUUCUUCUUUUCUUCAUUUUUUCUUUCUUCUUCGAAUCAUUCUCCUUAUCUGUAAACCUAUCUAUCUUUCUGCUGUCUUUCUUUCUCACAUCUUUGUCAAAUUAUUUCUCCUUCCUUUUCCAUUCUAAAGACUUCUUCUUCUUCUUCUUCUUCUUCUUCUUCUUCUUCUUCUCAUUCUUCUCAUUUUUCUCUCCUUCUACUUCUUCUUCUCUCCUCAUUCUUCUCAUUUUCCUUUCCAUCUUCUUCUUCUUCUUCUUCUUCUUCUUCUUCUUCUUCUUCUUCUUCUUCUCUCCUCAUCCUUCUCAUUUUCCUCUCCUCCUCCUUUUCUUCUCUCCUCCUCCCUCUCAUUUUCCACUCCUCCUUCACCUUCUUCUCUCCUCAUCCUUCUCAUUUUCCUCUCCUUCUUCUUCUUCUUCUUCUUCUUCUUCUUCUUCUUCUUCUCUCCUCCUCCCUCUCAUUUUCCUCUCCUUCUUCUUCUUCUCUCCUCAUCCUUCUCAUUUUCCUCUUCUUCUUCUUCUUCUUUUGUUCACUCCUAUUUUUCGGAAUCCAUUCAAUCAUUAUCUUCCAUUCAACCUGUCUAUUGUUGUCCGAUAA